UCACCAGCCAUGGUAAAACAUCCUGGCUAGCAGAGAGGGAGCAUGUAACAAGGACUGAGGUCAGGGAUCUUAGGCUUAAAAAGGUUGGUGACCACUGCUCUGAAUGAUCCCAAAGAGUCAAUAUGCUGCGCUCCAACUCGAGGAUCCACAUUUUUAUCUUUUUUGUAUUUCUUCUUCUCCUUUUGGGGGGGAUCUAUAUUGACUUGGGGUAUGACUCCUCCACCUUCAGCUUGUGCCAGCCAUGUAAGGAAGGCUCAGAGCCAGAUGUGAAGGACAUAAUGACAAAGGUUAUGGAUGACAUAGUGGGGCCACCAGAUUGCCAGGAGAAGGGCAGCUGGAAGAUCGGAGACCUCACAAUGCAAAAUGGGGUGACAUAUGCUCAGCCAAACACACAGCAAGGACGCACUGACGUGAACUCUGUGACAAACUGGAACGUUCCUCUGGUUUGGGAGGGAACCUUUGAUCCAGUGGUUAUCGAUGCAAUCUAUAAGAAAAUGGACCCAAGAAUUGCUGUGGUGGUGUUUGCUGUUGGCAAAUACACACGCUUCCUGGAGGCCUUCCUGCAGACAGGUGAGAAGUACUUUAUGGUUGGCUUCAGAGUCACUUACUACAUCUUCACAGACCAUAAAGAAGAAGUCCCUAAAAUUGAUCUUGCUGAGGGGCGGAAGAUCUCAGUGCUCGAUGUCCCCAGUGCCACCCGCUGGCAGGACGUAGUACUGGGCAGGAUGAAAUGGGCAACCAUCAACAUUGACAAGCAGAUCCGUAACGAAACAGACUAUCUAUUUAUGAUGGACAUUGACAGUGUCUUCUACAACCGAUUCGGAGCCGAGUCUCUCAGUCGGCUGACUGCUGUUCUCCACCGUCUUUACUACAAGAAUUUUGAUAGGGAUCAGUUCACGUAUGAGCGCCGAAACCUGUCCAGGGCCUACAUCCCUCUUGGUGAAGGAGACUAUUAUUACACUGCUGCUGUGUGGGGUGGAUACCUGGAGGACAUGUACAAGCUGGUCAAAUACUGUUACAUGCAGUCGGAGGAGGACGCCAAGAACAACAUUGAAGCUGUGUGGCAGGAAGAGAGUCACCUUAACAAGUACUUUUUGUACAACAAGCCAACCAAGGUGCUGUCUCCAGAGUACUUGUGGUCAGACUACAAUCAGAUACCAGGGGACAUUAAAGUCGUCAGGAUCUCCCAGUUGGUCAAAAAUUAUGCAGAAGUCCGGCCCAAUGGUGGCCAAUGAUGUCAAGAUGAGAGAUUCCUGCCAUGAAAACUACAUUCUUAACUACUAUAAAAGGUUACAUGUACUCCAUCUGUGUUUGUUUGUUUUUUGUUUUUUCUUCUGUUAAGGUGUAUAAGUAAUUGUAUUGUGAGCUAUGUAGAUAAAUUUUCCUGCUUUUCAAAGCUGUAUAAAUUCUCAUUUUGCCCCCCAGUGA